GACGACCCCAACGACAACCGUACUGAGCCCUUUCACGAUCCCUUUUAGGAGGCUCUGUCAAGAUGACUGUCCAGAACCACAGUUUGGCCUCUUCCCGCCGGAAGUCGCGCAAGGCGCACUUCAACGCUGGCUCCGGCGAGCGCCGUGUCAUCAUGAGCGCCCCUCUGAGCAAGGAACUCCGUGAGAAGUACAAUGUCCGCUCUCUCCCCAUCCGCAAGGACGACGAGGUCACCAUUGUCCGUGGAGGCCAGAAGGGCCGUGAGGGCAAGAUCACCAGCGUUUACCGUCUUAAGUGGGUUGUCCACGUCGAGCGUGUCGUCCGCGAGAAGUCCAACGGCCAGAGCGUUCCCCUCGGUAUCCACCCCUCCAAGGUCGUCAUCUCCAAGCUCCACCUCGACAAGGACCGUGAGCAGAUCCUGGAGCGCAUCGGAAAGGGACGUGAGGCUGCCAAGGCCAAGUCUGCUUAGAGGGUUUUGUCCGGGGUUUAAGUUCAUGUUGCAAUGGCGGUGACGGCGCUGGAGUUCUGAAAGACUCGCAAAUGCGAGAUCCAACCUCCUAUGAUCAGGAUAUAUCUGCUGGAAUGAAAAACGAAAAAAUCUACUUCCUCGGUUCAUGGUCUGCGCCACGGGUUUUCAAGCCGUAGUGUUGGACUGUUUCCCCUUCAAGCGUAUUUAGGGAUAAUCUACCGGCAGCGACUCAAUUGUCAGAAGGCCGUUUUCCUUUUUUGUUCAAUGGGUUUCUUGACCGCGGACUACUCUUUGAUUGUCCCUUGUAGCGAGGUCUCUGCAUUGUUUCUCUCUCGGCUCUAUCGUUCGGAUAACAGAACGUUGCGUCAAAAGAUCAUCUCCUCAAUAACGUCUCAACAGGCCACAAUAGUUGAAGAUAGACGAAACACGUAGAGGAAUUGCGGCACCAUAUUCUGUAACCAUAAAUCAGUGUCCCGCUUGCAAACCGACUUUGACGGUGUCCCUUCAAUAGUGAGGUACGAGUUAGACCAAAUAAACCUUGGAAUAAACUUGCAU